GCAAACAAUAACUACAAUAUGUACAUAUGCACUACAGUCAGUUACUAAAGGAUUAUGACGUAUCGUAUUUUAUUUAUAGUAUACAGCGAACACAUCUGCGUAUUAUAUGUAACACGUUUAAUAGUGUUUAAGCGUCUUUACAGGAGGCAAGUUUGCAUAAAAAUCUAAGCUCUUAAUUUAAUAAAACUAAAUGGAAGUUACUGGUAGGAGAGCAGAUAAAGACGGAUAUGAAGCUGAGGGAAAGAAAAGUGAUAAACUGUGUGAAUCAUGCAAAGAUGAUAAUAUCACUACACAUGCAGAUGGAUUAUGUCGGGAGUGUAAUGAAUUUAUGUGCAACACAUGCUUUCGGCAUCAUCUGAGAGCGAGGCAAUGUAGGAAGCAUGUGAUGGUUGAUGCUGACCCUACCUUGUUACUGUUGAGAAAAGCUGACGAAAACACCGAAAAGUGUAAACAACAUUUGGAUGAAACAAUAAAAUACUACUGUCGAAAGCAUGACAUUGUAGGGUGUGGUGAUUGUAUGAUACGCGAGCAUGGUGCUUGUAAGCCUGAAUUUAUUGAGGACUUAUCAAAAGAUUUCCAAGUAAACAAAGAAUUCCAAACCCUAGUCAGAAAGUUGGAGAAAAUGACCUCUGCAAACAAAGAAAUCGGUCUGGCAAUUGAAGAUAAUAAGAAAGAACUCGGAAUUGCGUGCGAAACGGCACUGAAAGAAAUCAAGAAAUUUAGAACAGACAUAAAUUCUUUCUUGGACAAGGCUGAAGCUUACGUUAUAAGUGAGGUGACUCGCUUGAAGUCUAACAACGAGAACUUACUAAACAAGUUAGAAAACGUAUGCCAGCAACUUUCAUGGAAUAUUGACAAAGUGAAACAAAGGAUAGAUGCAAAACUCUACCAAGGAAAUAUGUUGUUUAUUCACACAGUAGAGAGCAAGCCUGAAAUUUUCAACAUUGAACGCGAACUUGCUCGCUCACAAUCUGAAAACCGUAUGUUAAACAUUAAAUUUAUACCUGACAAGCAGCUGUUCGAUAGCAUCGCUUCUGAUAAAAGACUUGGACGAGUUGAUGUUACAUCUAGUGUUGACAUAAGGCAAAUGUCUGAGGACAGGAGAAGAAACAUUGUCUAUCAGAAAGGUAGAAGUGUAAAACUGUACAAGUUUUCGAAAAGAAAACCAGUAACAUACUAUGACGGCCCGGAGGCCAGCAGAUCAUUUUACUUCAGCACUGACGCGUGCACGUCCUAGGUCAUAUUGUGGACAUGGCGUAGAGUACUACCACUGUGAUGUAUGCAGUUAGAAAGGGAAUCAUCACGGUGAGAUGGAAUCGUUCUUGGAAGCAAACAUUUGGUUACAGACUAGGAAAUUCAAAAUCCGGUUUUUGCUUAGAACUUAUUUAACCAUUUAUACAGAAUUUUACAUAUAGCUUUCGAAGUAACGGAAGUUUUGGAUAUUAUAUCUGUAAAAAGAUGCUGUAUAUCGAAUGCAUGGUGAAAAAAUGAAAUAACUUUUAACUGUUCUAGCAACUGUUUUGACGUAGUCUUAAUUAAUGAAUCAUAUUAUUUUAAGGAAAUAAUCACGUAGUUAGUGUGAAUGUGUUAAGAUUCAACUGUUGAUACUUAAAUAUACGUUGAUCUUUUU